AUGCCCUCUCAACGGUGGACUCAAAUCAACCAGGGGCCAGAUCGCGACUCAUUGGAGCUCGCGUCGUUGGCCUCGUCACACUCGGACGGUAACGAGGUCCAUUCACCUUCCUCCUCACGCAACCUGUCCCCCUGGGACUCGCCCAUUGGUUCUGAUUUUGGAGACGACAGAGAGCCGCUACAUGAGCGUACAGAGAGUGGUCACACGGUGGAGUCAUUCCAGCUGCAGCAGAGCACGGAUGUCGGCCCGCAACAGGCUCUGGACAAGCAGAAAUCGCUCACGUAUUUCAACUGUCUGGCGCUGGUGAUGGGUUUGCAAGUCGGAUCGGGCAUCUUCUCGUCGCCAGGAACAGUUGAUCACAAUGCCGGGUCAAUUGGCUCGGCGAUCAUCGUUUGGGCGGUCGCCGGAGUGCUCGCCUGGACUGGAGCCUGCUCAUACACCGAACUGGGCUCCACUAUCCCUCUGAACGGUUCGUCGCAGGCGUACCUCAACUACGUUUUUGGGUCUCUAGCCGGUUUUCUGUUUGCGUGGGCAGCUCUUAUGGUGCUCAAGCCGGGAAGUGCAGCCAUCAUUGCUCUCGUGUUUGGUGAAUACGUGGUCAAAAUGUGUAUUGGCACAGACACGCCUGCUCCCUUUUGGGCUGUCACUCUGGCAGCUCUGGGCGGACUGGCAUUUGUGACCGGCCUCAACUGCUUCAGCACCAAGAGCAGCACCCGGGCUGGAAACGGCUUUCUGGUUCUCAAACUGGGUCUUCUGCUGCUCAUUUUCAUUGUCGGAAUCGUAGGAGUGGCCAAAAAAGAGACCCGGAGUGCCCAAAUCAGCGAAAACUGGUUCAACGGUGCAUCCACGAAACUCGGCAACUACGCCGUUGCUCUGAUUGCCGGAGUCUGGGCCUACGACGGAUGGGACAAUGUCAACUACGUGACGUCGGAAAUGAAGAACUUUCGAAGAGACCUGCCACGUGUCAUCCACACGGCGAUGCCAGUGGUCAUCUUCUGCUACCUGCUGGUCAACCUGGCCUACUUCAUGGUGCUGGACAAGGAAGAGGUGCGGUCCACCCAAACGGUGGCUGUGCUGCUGGCAGGACGGGUGAUGGGACGUGCAGGAGAAAUCAUCGUCUCCUUGUUGAUUGCGCUAUCGUGUCUUGGCGCGCUCAAUGCCACAACCUUUACUGCUGGCCGGUUGGCGUAUGCAUCUGCUCAGGAGGGACACUUACCUAAACUGUUUUCCCGAUUAAGCGCCCGAAACACCCCCAUCUACUGCAUUUUGAUGGAGUGUACCUUGGCGGCUGUCUUCAUCUUUUUUGGCGGCUUUGAGUCGCUGGUCAUGUUCUACGGAGUGUCUUCGUAUCUCUUCUACUUUGUGACCGUGGCUUCCGUCUUGGUGUUGCGGUUCAGAGAACCCGAGCUUGAUAGACCGUAUAAGACAUUUCUCACCACGCCAAUCAUUUUCUGCUCGGUUGCACUGUUUCUUAUUUCCUACGGCUUCUUUGAGAAGCCCAGACAAGCUCUCUUGUCGCUUUUGUUUAUUGGUUCAGGAAUUCCCGUUUACUUUUUGCGUCAUUAUGGAUACAUGGGCGUGAGCGAGCCGAGAGCAUGA